CAGAAAGAAUGAUGGAUGUUGCUGAUAGAAUAGUUGUUGCUAUAAGAAAAAGGCCUCUAUCAUAGAAGGAAAUUAUUAAAAAGGAGGAAGACAUAAUAAUUGUGCAAAACGAUAACAGUGUGAUCGUUAAAGAAAUCAAGUAAGAUAAAUAAAUUAACAGAGUGAAGAUAAAAAGUAGACCUCACCAAAUACAUUGAAGAACAUUAAUUUAAUUUUGAUCUAGCUUUCAAUUAAAAUCAUUCGAAUGAAUAAGUUUACAUCAAUGCUGUUAGACCCAUAAUUCGUGCAGCCUUUCAAAGAGCCAAAGUGACUUGUUUUGCAUAUGGAUAGACAGGGAGUGGAAAGACAUAUACAAUGAUAGGAGAUAUUGAGAGAUAAAUACCUGGAAUGUAUUUAUUGGCUGGUUAAGAUAUAUUUUAAAUAAUUGAAAUGGUAAAACUACUAAAUUUAUCAAAAUUUAGGAAGAAUACACUCAUCUUCAAGUGUAUGUUUCAUUUUUUGAAAUUUAUUGUGGAAAAUUGUAUGAUUUAUUGUCUUAAAGGAAUUAAAUCUAAAUAAGGGAAGAUGCAAAAGGGAAUGUGAAUAUGAUAAAUUUGAUGGAAAAAAAAAUAAAUUCAGUUUAAUAACUAAUGCAUUUCAUUUAGUUGGGGUAGAAUGUUAGAAUUACAGGUAUAAAUAAUCAAAUAUCAUAAUAGCAUCAAAUAGUUCUAAUUCAGAGUCAUCAAGAUCCCAUGCCAUACUAUAAGUGAGUUUAAAAUCAGGGAAGACACUGCAUGGAAAGAUGUCAUUCAUUGAUUUAGCUGGCAGUGAAAGAGGAGCUGAUGUUUAAGAUCAAAACAAGUAAACCAGAAUAGAUGGUGCUGAAAUCAACAAGUCAUUGUUAGCAUUGAAAGAAUGCAUAAGAGCUUUGGAUCUGAAUAAAAAUCAUACACCAUUUAGAGGAUCAAAACUAACCUUGGUAUUAAAAGAUAGUUUGACUGGUAAUUGUAAAACUGUUAUGAUUGGAAAUAUUUCCCCUAGUUCUCAAAGUAGUGAGCAUACUCUUAAUACUCUUAGGUAUGCAGAUAGAGUGAAAGAGCUAAAAAAACCUGAAAACAGAAUUUUCUAAGGGGAAUUGAUGUAAAGAGAGUUAAUGUUGGCUAGAUAAACAAGUAAAUCAUUAUAUGAUAAUUUUUUAGAAAAUGUUACGAGGAAAUAAUUUAAUGAAGAAGAAGAUUAAGAAAAUGUGAGAAAUUUCAGUCCGAUUUCAAAUAUUAAAAGACAAUCAUUAUAGCCAUUACAUCAGUCAACUUAAAUGUUCAAUAAUCAGAAUUUCAAUUAAUAAAAAGAGAUCAGAAAGAGUGAUAUCUCUUCUGCUAUCAACAAGUUUAAUCUAACUUCCAUUCCAUCUAUUAACGUAAAUUUCAAUAAGACUUAAUAAAUUAAUCCAAAUAAUUAUUUUCCUACUCAUUAAAGGAUAAAUUCUGAAAGUACUUACUACCAUGAUUAUGAUCAUUUUGAUAAUAACUAAAAUAACCUAUUCUUAAAAACUUAAAAUUACUCUUAAUAAAAUAAUCAAUUGUUUUAAUAACACUAAUUUAAUCAAACUGCUACUUACAGUGAAUUAUUUAGUGAAUCGCCUUAUCAAUCAUAAUAAGAAUAAGGAUUUCGACAAUUAAAUCAAUAAGCUGUUUAACAAAGUUAAGAAUUGGAAGAAGAGUUUGAUUAUUCUAACCCUUAACAAUCAUAUCGAUAAGGACACAGUAAUUGUUCUUCCAUAGUUUAUGAUCACAAAAAUUUAAUAGACAAAAUUAUUGAGAUAUCUAAAUUGGUAUAGUAUAAUUUAAACUAUUUAGGAAAUGAAAGAAAUAACAAUGUAUGAGAAUUAGAAGGACUUGUAAACUUAUUUGCAAACAAUAUCUCAAUAACUGCAAUAAAAGGCAGAGUUGAUCCAAGAAUUCUAACAAAAGGUUUUUGAAAUCUAAUAAUAAAGUCAACAUUGGACAUUUCAACCUAAUGAAAGCUAAAAUAGAGAUGAAUUAUUUCAAUAUACUAAUUACUGA